AUGAUCGACUGCAAGCUGAGCUUCGGGGCGCAGAUCCAGCAAACUGCGAAUAAAUCUGCGAAGGGAGUUACUUCCUCUAGUAGGCUUAUGGCUAACGUCACCUGGCCCAAUGCCAGUAAGUGCCGAUUGCUGAUGACCGCGGUAAAGUCAGUCCUCCUCUACGGUGUUAAAGUGUGGGCGGGCUUGCUUAGCAAGGAGUCGUACCAGGACCGCAUGACGCAGGUACAGAGGAGAGCAGCGCUUAGGAUAGUCUUUACGUACAGGACGGUGUCCGAAUCAGCCAUACUAACGAUCGAUGUAGUUAUACCAAUUGCGCUCUUGGCGCAAGAAAGUUAUGCUGUGCACCUCAGGAAAACCGAGAUUGAAAAGGCGGUAACAUGCAAAGAGGAGAAAGAGAAGACCUUUUAUGUGCAGAUGUCCUGGGAACACGAGUCGAGAGUACGCUUGAUCGCGAUAUUGAUCAAAGAUGUGAAGAAGUGGACGGAGGGCCGGCAUGGUGAAACCAAUUAUUACUUAACACAUUUCCCGAGCGAACAGGGAUACUUCCGAGCCUACUUAUAUAAGAUGGAACGGGGAAGAACACAAAAGUGUAUGUACUGA